CAAGAGUAAAGGAAAUAUUCAGCAUAAAAUAAUAUAGUAAGAAGAAUUUUCUCCCAUCUUCUCUACAGAGAAUCCCUUGUCAACCUAAUGAAGCAUUCAAAGAAGACAUCUGACUCUUUUCGAGAUGAACUUGAAGAUUACAUCAAAGUGCAGAAAGCCAGAGGCUUAGAGCCAAAGACUUGUUUCAGAAAGAGGAGAGAGGAUUAUUUGGAAACCUGUGGAUACAAAGAAGAGGUUAAUUUUAGACCCAGGUGUAGAAUGUUUGAUCAAAGACUCCCUUAUGAACCCAUCCAGACCUACCAAAGACCAUGCAAUAUUUCACAAGCAGUGGAGAAGCGGUUACCUCAGUGGCUACCAGCUCAUGACAGCAGGCUGAGACUAGACUCCCUGAGCUACUGUCAAUUCACCAGGGACUGUUUCUCAGGAAAACCAGUAGCCCUGAACUUUAGUCAACAAGAGUAUAGCUGUAGCUCAUACAGUGUAGAAUCUGGAGUUUACAGGCACCUCUCCUUAGAAAACAGUACCAGUGCCCAUCAAGCUAGUUAUAAACAGAUACAGCAGAAGAGAAAAAGACACCCAGAGGAAGGCCGGGAAAAACCAGAAGAGGAGCGGCCCAAGCAUAAGAGGAAGAAAGCUUAUGAGGAAAUAGAUUUAGACAAACACAAGAGCAUCCAAAGAAACAAAACAGAGGUGGAAACAGUCAGAGUCAGUACAGAAAAGCUUAAGAACCGAAAGGGCAAGAAAAGCCGAGAUGUAGCCUCUAAGAAAGAGGAACGUAAGCGUAGAAAAGAGAAAAAGGAACAAGGGAAAGAGAGGACAGAAGAGGAUAUGCUUUGGGACCAGGCUAUCCUUGGAUUCUGAAGCUCUUGCAUUGGAUCUCCUGAGGUUAAACUGAAAAAGUAGUUGAGGAGCUUGGUUUUAUGAUGUCCAUGUUCAUAUCGCUUUUUUCAUGUGAACAGGUACAAAGGCUAAGUGCACAGAAAACAUUUAGUGUACUUGCUCUCCAACAUGGAGAUUACUUUUCCUCUCUUCUAAAAUCAUUACUACAUUUUUCUUAUACAUAACAUAAUUUCCCUUAAUGAGGGUGGCUCUGGUUUUAUUCAUCAAAUUGCUAUGAUGGUGGAAGUAUUUUUCCCUUGGGAGGUCAUUUAUUUUCAAUUGGAGGAUUAAUAGGCUUUACAGAGUCUAUUUCUUGAUUGGGUUUUAGUUUGGGGUGGGUGUUUUUAUAUUAGUUUUCUCUGUGAAGCAGUUUAGAUUGAUUAUUUUUUUCCUUCGUUAGAUCUAACUUGCAGUAUAUUUUCUAGAUUGGAAAGUGGAAAAUGACAUACAUUAUAAUAAGCUUAAGUUACAUACAGUUUUAAACGUUUCAAGAA